GCGGCGGCGGCGGCGGGGAGGCCGGGGACCCGGAAGGGAGGGAGGCCGGGCCGCCGGGGCGGGGAGGCCAGGCCGGGUUGGGAGGCCGGGCGGCCAGGAAGGAGGGAGGCCGGGCGGCUGGGAGGCCGGGGAGGGCGGCCGACUGGGAGGGAGGCCGGGCUGUCUGGGCGCCGGGGCGCGCCCGCCCGCCCGCCGCGCCUCCCGCCCGCCCGGCCAGACGGCAGCGGGCCGGGGUCCUGGUCUCCCGGCCGAGCGUGCGCCCGAGGGUCGCGUUAUGUAACAGAGGCGCUGGGCGUGUUGGAGCCGGACGGGCAGCUCCGGGCUCCAGGGCCCUCUCCGUCCCGCGCCCGCGGCCCCGGGGCCGCCUGCAAGAAGGAACUCGACGGAGGUGUGCUUUACGGCGGACGCGCGCUGCGGGUGCGCGGCGCAGGGAGUCAGUACCAAAUGAGGAGGAAAGGCCGAGGUCAUCGCGCUGCAGCGAGGCACCCUUCCUCCCCCGGCAGCACUAAGCACUCCCCGACGCGAGAGACCCUGACCUACGCGCAGGCCCAGAGGAUGGUGGAGAUCGAGAUCGAGGGGCGCCUGCACAGGAUCAGCAUCUUCGACCCCCUGGAGAUCAUCCUGGAAGAUGACCUCACCGCUCAGGAGCUGAGCGAGUGCAACAGCAACAAGGAGAACAGCGAGAGGCCGCCCGUGUGCGUGAGAACUAAGCGGCACAAGAACAACCGGGUCAAGAAGAAGAACGAAGCGCCGCCCAGCGCCCACGGCGCCCCCGCCUCGGCCAGCGCGCUCCCCGAGCCUAAGGUGCGGGUGGUGGAGUACAGCCCCCCGUCAGCGCCCCGGCGGCCGCCCGUGUACUACAGGUUCGUGGAGAAGUCGGCCGAGGAGCUGGACAACGAGGUGGAGUACGACAUGGACGAGGAAGACUACGCCUGGCUGGAGAUCGUCAACGAGAAGCGCAGGGCCGACUGCGUGGCGGCCGUGUCCCAGAGCGUGUUCGAGUUCCUCAUGGACCGCUUCGAGAAGGCGUCGCACUGCGAGAAGCAGAAGCAGGGGGAGCAGCAGUGCCUGAUCGAUGAGGACGCCGUGUGCUGCGUGUGCAUGGACGGCGAGUGCCAGAACAGCAACGCCAUCCUCUUCUGCGACAUGUGCAACCUGGCGGUGCACCAGGAGUGCUAUGGCGUGCCCUACAUCCCCGAAGGCCAGUGGCUCUGCCGCCACUGCCUGCAGUCCCGGGCCCGGCCGGCCGACUGCGUGCUGUGCCCCAACAAGGGUGGCGCCUUCAAGAAGACGGACGACGACCGCUGGGGCCACGUGGUGUGCGCCCUGUGGAUCCCCGAGGUCGGCUUCGCCAACACUGUGUUCAUAGAGCCCAUCGACGGCGUGCGGAACAUCCCUCCCGCCCGCUGGAAGCUGACCUGCUACCUCUGCAAGCAGAAGGGUGUGGGCGCCUGCAUUCAGUGCCACAAGGCCAACUGCUACACUGCCUUCCACGUGACGUGCGCCCAGCGCGCCGGCCUCUACAUGAAGAUGGAGCCCGUGAAGGAGCUGGCCGGCGGCGCCGCCACCUUCUCCGUCAGGAAGACCGCGUACUGUGAUGUCCACACGCCCCCGGGCUGCACCCGGAGGCCCCUGAACAUUUAUGGGGACGUCGAGAUGAAAAACGGCGUUUGUCGCAAGGAGAGCUCGGUCAAAACGGUCAGGUCCACGUCCAAGGUCAGGAAGAAAGCGAAGAAGGCCAAGAAGACGCUCCGGGGGCCCUGCGCGGCCCUGCCGCCCGUGUGUGCUCCCUACAUCCCCCCUCAGAGAUUAAAUAGGAUUGCGAAUCAGGUGGCCAUUCAGCGGAAGAAGCAGUUUGUUGAGCGCGCCCACAGCUACUGGCUCCUCAAAAGGCUGUCUAGGAACGGAGCCCCCCUGCUGCGCAGACUCCAGUCCAGCCUGCAGUCCCACAGAAACACGCAGCAGAGAGAAAACGAUGAGGAGAUUCAAGCCGCCAAAGAGAAGCUCAAGUACUGGCAGCGGCUGCGGCACGACCUGGAGCGCGCGCGCCUGCUCAUCGAGCUCCUGCGCAAGCGCGAGAAGCUCAAGCGAGAGCAGGUGAAGGUGGAGCAGAUGGCCCUGGAGCUGCGGCUCAGCCCGCUCACCGCGCUGCUGCGCUCCGUGCUGGACCAGCUGCAGGAGAAGGACCCGGCCCGGAUAUUCGCCCAGCCAGUGAGCCUGAAGGAGGUGCCGGAUUAUCUGGACCACAUUAAACACCCCAUGGACUUUGCCACAAUGCGGAAACGGUUAGAAGCGCAAGGGUACCGGACUCUCAGGGAGUUGGAGGAGGACUUUGACCUCAUCGUGGACAACUGCAUGAAGUAUAAUGCCAAGGACACAGUGUUCUACCGGGCCGCCGUGCGGCUGCGCGACCAGGGCGGCGUGGUGCUCAGGCAGGCCAGGCGCCAGGUGGACAGCGUCGGCUUUGAGGAGGCCUCAGGGAUGCACCUGCCCGAGCGGCCCCCCGCGGCCCCCCGGCGGCCUUUCUCCUGGGAAGACGUGGACAGGUUGCUGGACCCGGCCAACAGGGCGCACAUGGUCCUGGAGGAGCAGCUGAGGGAGCUGCUGGACACGCUGGACCUCACCUGCGCCAUGAAGUCCAGCGGGUCGCGGAGCAAGCGCGCCAAGCUGCUGAAGAGGGAGAUCGCCGCCCUGCGGAGCCAGCUGAGCCAGCAGCACAGCCAGCCCUCGGCCGCCGACUCAGGUACUGCAGGCUUGGAAGAGGACGGUGCCCGGCUGGGGCAGGAGACCGGGGAGGAAGGAGAUAAAUCUCCCCCUAAACUUGAACCAUCAGAUGCAUUACCUCUUCCUUCAAACUCGGAGACUAAUUCAGAACCACCAACCCUCAAACCAGUAGAACUCAACCCAGAGCAGAGUAAACUAUUCCAAAGAGUCACAUUUGGUAAUGAGUCACAUAGCACUUGCCCUCAGAGCGCACUGGUAAUCGGACACCCUGCAGAGCCCACCCUCGCCAGUAGUGGCGCUGCGCCGGCGGCGGCCUCCGCGGGGGCGGAGCCUUCGAGCGAUGUAAACAGACGCACCUCUGUUCUCUUCUGCAAAUCGAAAAGUGUAAGCCCCCCAAAGUCUGCCAAGAACACUGAAACCCAGCCAACUUCUCCUCAGCUAGGGACCAAAACCUUUUUGUCUGUAGUCCUUCCGAGGUUGGAGACUCUUCUGCAGCCAAGAAAAAGGUCGCGGAGCACCUGCGGCGACUCCGAGGUGGAGGAGGGGUCCCCGGGAAAGCGCCUGGACACAGGUCUCGCCAAUGGCUUUGGGGCUGCGAGGAGUGAGCAGGAGCAGGGGCUGGGCGGCGCCCCGGGGAGGACGGCUGCGCCUCGCCGCCGCUGCGCCUCCGAGUCCAGCAUCUCCUCCAGCAGCAGCCCGCUCUGCGACUCCAGCUUUGGCGCCCCCAAGUGUGGCCGCGGCAAGCCCGCCCUGGUCCGCAGGCACACGCUGGAGGACCGCAGCGAGCUGAUCUCCUGCAUUGAGAACGGCAACUACGCCAAGGCGGCCCGCAUCGCGGCCGAAGUUGGUCAGAACAGCAUGUGGAUUUCAACCGACGCCGCGGCCUCUGUUCUCGAGCCCCUGAAGGUCGUGUGGGCCAAGUGCAGUGGCUACCCCUCGUACCCGGCCCUGAUCAUCGACCCCAAGAUGCCGCGUGUGCCCGGCCACCACAAUGGGGUCACCAUCCCGGCCCCGCCGCUGGACGUGCUGAAGAUCGGCGAGCACAUGCAGACCAAGGCGGACGAGAAGCUCUUCCUCGUCCUCUUCUUCGACAACAAGAGAAGCUGGCAGUGGCUCCCAAAGUCCAAGAUGGUGCCUCUUGGCAUCGAUGAGACGAUAGACAAGUUGAAGAUGAUGGAGGGGAGGAACUCCAGCAUCCGGAAGGCGGUGAGGAUCGCCUUCGACCGUGCCAUGAACCACCUGAGCCGCGUGCACGGGGAGCCGGCCAGCGACCUCAGCGACAUAGACUGACGCGGCCGCGGCCUUGUCCAUAGUGUUGAUACACUGUACAUGCUGUAUAUUGUUCACCACUUAACUUAUUCUGACUUUUAGGUGUAGUUUAAUUCUUUUUCCUGGGGAGGGGGAGGUUUCUUUCCCAGUUUUCUACGAGGCCGUCCCCGUCGGGCGCUCUAUGAGUGGCGUGGGGCGGCCCCGCGUGUGGCUCUGUGCCCCUCACAGGUCGUUCUGGAGGGCGCUGCCAGCGUCACUUUCUUGGAACUGUAGCCUUUUUUUUUUUUUAAAGACUUUUGAAUGUUUAAUAAUUUUGUAAAUCAUACUCUUUACACAGAGUACCACUUAUUUAAUAGAUGGGAUGUAAAUUUACGAUGACAAAUGUGUAUUUUAAGAGAGAAAAUGACAUUAUUUUGAAAGGUACUUUGUGGAAAGAGGUGGAGAAUACGUUUAUGCCGCGCAGCACUCGCGAAUCACCAAAAACACUCCGCCGCCCCCGUGAGGGCCGGGCGGGCGCUCCCUCCGGGCCAGCCUCGCCGUCCUCCACCACCCGCCAGCCUCUGCCUGUGCGCCCCAGCCUCCCACGGGUGUGUCUCCCAGCGGAUUAUUUAUUGUAGAAAGUGUAUUCAUUUGCUUUAUAAUGAAAAAUAAAUUUGCGAAAGUAUAUUGAUACGCGUUUUUAUACAGGCACAUGGAAAUUCAACUUGCUUCGGGAGCAGGACGUGUUGGUUGUUGUAUAAAUGACUCUGGCUGUGUGUUCUUUGAUUUUGUAACUUGUAAUCUUUUGUUUACAAUGAGGGGCUUUCUGUAACUUGUUUUAAUUUAGAACACUUUGGUAGCAAUAGAAACUUUGGAUACAUUUUUGUAUGGUACAUGUGAUGUAUAUAGAAUUAGUACUUUAUUUUUAUUUUUAAGAGAUAAAGCAUUAUGUUAGGGGAGAAGGUAGGGUGGGUUUCCAAAAUUGCAUUUUUUAUAUUAAAAAAUAAAGUCAAGAUUUGGACGGUGUGGCGCUUUCAUUCCUACAUCACUAGGAUGCCGGGUGGGCGUACGGUGCAGCUGGCGGCCGGGCUGGGACCGGGGCAGGGGUCCCUGCAGCUGAGGCACGUAACACGCAUUCAUCUCAGAGUGUCGUGGGUUGUCGUUAUUUAUUAUUUUACGUAAUCACAUUUUUAUUUUAAAAUGGUAGUUUAAAAUUUUUUAAUGUUUUUUUUUUUUUUUGAAGUCUCCGUUGUUUGUAACAUCUCCAUAGAAACUUGAAAA